CGGGGGCGCCCAUGCCAUGGAGAAGCUGGCGGCCGGGCUGGCCGGCCUGCGCUGGAGCAUGGGCGCCUUCCCGCUCGACCUCAUCGUCAGCCGCUGCCGCCUGCCCACGCUCGCCUGCCUCGGGCCAGGGGAGUACGCGGAGGGCGUCAGUGAGCGAGACAUCCUGCUCAUCCACUCCUGCCGCCAGUGGACAACAGUGACAGCCCACACCCUGGAGGAGGGCCAUUACGUUAUCGGGCCCAAGAUCGACAUCCCGCUGCAGUACCCAGGGAAGUUCAAGCUCCUGGAGCAGGCCCGGGAUGUGCGGGAGCCAGUGAGGUACUUCAGCAGCGUGGAGGAGGUGGCCAGCGUCUUCCCAGACCGCAUCUUUGUGAUGGAAGCCAUCACCUUCAGCGUCAAGGUGGUGUCGGGCGAGUUCAGCGAGGACAGCGAGGUGUACAACUUUACGCUGCACGCAGGCGACGAGCUCACUCUGAUGGGCCAAGCGGAGAUCCUGUGCGCCAAGACCACCAAGGAGCGCUCGCGCUUCACCACCCUCCUGCGCAAGCUGGGGCGGGCCGGGGCGCUGGCCGGGGUGGGCGGCGGCGGCCCGGGGGGCGCGGGGACCGCGGGCGGUGGGGGCGCCAGGCCCAUCAAGGGCAAGAUGCCUUGCCUCAUCUGCAUGAACCACCGCACCAACGAGAGCCUGAGCCUGCCCUUCCAGUGCCAGGGCCGCUUCAGCACGCGCAGCCCGCUGGAGUUGCAGAUGCAGGAGGGCGAGCACACGGUGCGCGCCAUCAUCGAGCGCGUGCGGCUGCCGGUGAACGUGCUGGUGCCCAGCCGGCCGCCGCGCAACCCCUACGACCUGCACCCGGUGCGCGAGGGCCACUGCUACAAGCUGGUCAGCAUCAUCUCCAAGACGGUGGUGCUGGGGCUGGCGCUGCGCCGCGAGGGUCCUGCGCCGCUGCACUUCCUGCUGCUCACGGACACGCCGCGCUUCGCGCUGCCGCAGGGCCUGCUGGCCGGGGACCCGCGCGUCGAGCGCCUGGUGCGCGACAGCGCCUCCUACUGCCGCGAGCGCUUCGACCCCGACGAGUACUCCACGGCCGUGCGCGAGGCGCCCGCCGAGCUCGCAGACGACUGCGCCAGCCCGCGCCGCGCGCGCCUCUGCCUGCCCGCGCCGCGCGCCCCCGCGCCCGCCCGCGUCCCCGGCCCCGCCGCGCCCGUGCCCGCCGGCGACGGCGACCAGGAGUACGUGAGCCCCGACUGGGCCGGCGCGCCCGAGCCCGCCGCGCCGCCCGCCGAGAUCCCCUACGAGGAGCUGUGGGCGCACCAGGCGCCCGAGGGCCACGCGGAGGAACGGGCCCGGCCGCCCCCAGGCCCAGACCUCAUCUCCUUCGGGGCCGCAGGGUCGCCCCGUCGGGAGCCUGAGGCGCCGCCGCCUCCCGUGCCGCCCAAAUCCGAGGCGGUGAAGGAGGAGUGUCGCCUACUCAAUGCCCCACCUGUGCCUCCCCGGGGUGGCAGUGGCAGUGACCGGCUCUCGGGCAGCCCUCCGGUACCCCCCCGCUUCCCCAAGCUGCAGCCUGUCCACUCGCCCAGCUCCAGCCUCUCCUACUACUCCUCUGGCCUCCAGGAUGGGGUGGGUUCCCGCAGUGGCAGUGGCUCCCCGUCACCGGAUGCCUACUCGCUCUAUUGCUACCCGUGCACCUGGGGAGACUGCAAGGUGGGCGAGUCCUCUAGCCGCCCGCCCCCUGGACCCCUGCCCUCUACCACGCAGCCCAGCCAGGCCUCCCGUGCCCUUGCAGAGCCCCUGAGCAGUCGAGCUGCCUCCCUCCUGGGGGCUGACGCCGCUGUCAAGACCUACCACAGCUGCCCACCUCUGCUCAAGCCCUCACACCCCCAGAAGCGCUUUGUUCCGUUUGGAGCUCUCAACCCCUUUUCCGGGCCUGCCUACCCCUCAGGCCCUUCAGUGGCCUCCUCCUCUGGGCCCCCAGCCACUGUGGGUCCCCUGGCUACCUCUAGCCCUGCGUAUUCCCCAGGCCCAGCCUCACCAGGCCAGGCCUAUUCAGCUGCUCCCCCCUCCUCCUGCCCCACGUCCUCCUCCUCUUCCUCUGAGUGGCAGGAACCAGCCCUGGAGCCCUUUGAUCCCUUCGAGCUGGGGCAGGGCAGUUCUCCAGAGCCUGAGCUGCUGCGCUGCCAGGAGCCCAGAGCUGUGGGGGCACCUGGGCCUGGGCCCCAUCUUUCACCACUUGGUCCCCUCAAGGCCUUUGAGCCUGAAAGUUUGGUGCUGCGGCAGGUCCCCACCCCACUGUCACCAGCUGCCCUGCAGGGGCCUGAGGCAGGAGGAGCACGGCUUUUUCUCACUCAAGGGCGCCUGGAAGGGCCUCCUGCCAGUCCCAGGGAUGGAGCCACAGGCUUCGGAGGCCGGGAUGCCUCCUGGCAGCCCCCUGCUGACCUGUCUGCACUCUCCCUGGAGGAGGUCUCUCGAAGUCUGCGUUUCAUUGGGCUCUCCGAGGACGUGGUGAGCUUCUUUGCCCGAGAACGCAUUGAUGGUAGCAUUUUUGUGCAGCUCAGUGAGGACAUCCUGGCGGACGACUUCCACCUCACCAAGCUGCAGGUCAAGAAGAUCAUGCAGUUCAUCAAAGGCUGGCGGCCCAAGAUCUGAACUGCCCAGCCUGAGCUGCACAGUUGGAACGCUGGCAUGGAGAACCUGGGGGCCAGCCGUGGGUCUACCAGGGGACAGUAUUCCCUGAGAAGCAGGUCCUGCCUGCGGGGAGGAUCUAUGCCAAGACUGAGGCUGCUCGGCGGCAGGAGUGAAUCCAGGGGAGACGCACUUGGAAAUGUGGUCCCCUGAGGUCAGACGCCUGCAUGUGGGGACAUCUUGCCUUUUAAGUGUGCAGACUAUGUGGGGAGGCGGCUGGAGGGCACCACUGUGCACCUGGGACUGUGAGGCAUUUGCUGCAAUUCCCACAGCAGGGCCGAGAGCUGGCCUUCGUGGUGACCUAACACCUUCGGUGCCCUGCUAUAGACAUUCACAGACAUCUUGCACUUCUCAAGCUUGUAGGUUCAGGUUAGGGACAAGGGAAUGAAGAGGGCCCACAAUUCAAGCACAAAUCCCCCAAGUGCCCAUUCUCCUUUGUGCUCUGUGGGCUUUUGGCCUAAAGCUGCCCGAGAGUCGGGGUGUCGAUUUCUGUGUCUCUGGGAUCCCCUUCCUUUCGCCUCUGCUCCGCCAUGAUUGAGGUGCCUGGCCCUGAACACAGGCAGAUCGUGAACGAGCCUGUACCCCAGCACCUCAGAGGUGCCACCUCUGGGUUCUGGUUUGUGGGAGACGGCUUUGGAAGAACACUCUCUGCUAUCGACCUGCUCCUCUGGUUAGGGAGGCACAUGCUCCCCAGACGUCUCUAGCACCCUGGCUCCCGUUCUGACUUCGCUGCAGCCAGUCAUCCCUCCCCUCAGGGGGUUUCAGUCGCAGAAUACUGACUGUGUGGAAGGGCAGGUCGAUUUAGGUCAGCUGCUCCUUGAUUCUAGAAGCAAGUGGUGGUCAGUCACUCUCACUUCUGCCAGUCUCCUGCCCCCAUCAUUUGGCUCUGACGGACAUCUGGUGUCCCUCCCCGGUUUUCUGUCACUAGCACAGCAGGGUCCAGUUGGGAGAGAAAGCACAGUGGCUUGGGAAAGCCUGCCUUCUUCCUCCUCCUGGGGCUCAGUCCUGCCCUUGUUCACAUGCUUCAGAGCAGAUCUUUGUGCCCUUGAGUCUGAAGCGUGGUGAUCUCCGUGACACCCAGAGCUCUGGUCAUUGUGUACAACCACCCCAUCCCCACCCGACCCCACCACAGCUGCCCACCCAGAACCACAGAACAGCCACUGGUGUCAGGGCCUCAAAGGUACCAGCCUUCUCUUCUGCCUUACCUAGUCUACCUAGAUAUUUAUUUACUCCAUUUUUUAUCUUAAGAGUAGCGAAGCCAUGCUUGUGUCCAUGCCCCAAGCAGGCUGCCUCAACUCUGACAGAGGGCGGUCAGAGAGUAGAGCACAGAAACUGUGACGUGGAGACAUUUGGUUUUCUUGCAGAUCAUUUAAUGAAUCCUCAUGGACUAGUGAAAUAAAUGCUAGACCACUAAAGAAUAGUGCAAGUGG